AUGUUACGUAAAGGUUUAUUAAUUUUGCUUGCGAUUGCGUGGGCUCACGCGCAAAAUAUUGAAGACGAGAAUUGGCAGUCCCGGAGAACAUUUCCGAGGUUUGGCUCCAGGGUAAUACCGAGACCUGUAUUCCCAUCUAGGCCAGUACCAACUACAUCUCAUAGGCCAGAAACCACAACUGAAGAAAAACGUCGGGAAACAUUUCCCUCAACACACAGACCCUUUUUUUCAUCUACUUAUAACCCUCCUAGGCGUCCCAUAUUCGUUAGACCUAGACCAGUGUGGUCUAGACCAUUUUAUACUACAACUACCGCUAAACCAGUUGUCACUGUAGUUGUGCUUCCUGGCGAUCAUUCUUAUAAACCAAGUACGCCCAAGCCCCACGUAACUUACGUUUAUCCUGAAAACUACAAACCCUCAACUUCUCCUAAACCGGCUGAUGUUCCAAUUGCGCAUGAAUCAGAACCGAUAUAUUCAGAGCCUAAGCCGACUGUUGAACAACAACCUGAAGUAAGUGACCGCCCUCAAUUUGUACCUCCUUCCAAACAACCGGAAUCAACACAGUCGCCAAGCGAAUUUAGUCCGCAAGUAACCCAUGCAGAUGAAGAACAAAAAUCACCUUCUACCUCUGCAGCACCCACUGCAUCUGAACCAACAACAGAACAAGAGAGACCGACUGAAGCUCAAGAGAUACCGCAGCCAGAACCUGAAGUUCAGCAAGAACCUGAAAUUCAGCAAGAACCAGAAAAUAAGGCUUUAGAUGACGAACAACCAGAAUCACAAUCAAAACCAGAGUCGCAGCCUCAGUCGGUUGAAUUACAACCAGAAUCAAAACCUGAGUCGAAACCUAAUGCAGCCCCAACUUCAGCUGAGCAGGAAUCAGAGGCUCAACCAAAACCUAAGCCACAACCUAACCCUCAAUCUAGUCCAGCGCCACAACCAGAGGUCCAACAACCUGAAUCUCAACCAGAGGUCCAACAACCUGAAUCUCAACCAGAGGUCCAACAACCUGAAUCUCAACCAGAGGUCCAACAACCUGAAUCUCAACCAGAGGUCCAACAACCUGAAUCUCAACCAGAGGUCCAACAACCUGAAUCUCAACCAGAGGUCCAACAAGCUGAAUCUCAACCAGAGGAAGAGCCGCCACAAGAGCCCCAAUCCAUAGUAGAACCACAACCUGAAAUACCAUCUCCUGAAGAAAAAAAACCCGAAGAAACAAAAGAACAACCUUCUCAGGAGCAACAACCGAGUCUUGAUCAGCAACCUGAAAGUGAACCUAGUGUAACAGAGAAACCUCAGCCUACUUCCGAAACUUCGGAACCGGAAGCGCUGAAAAAGUCUGAAGAAGAUGUCCAACAAUCUUCGCCGCCUGAAUCUCAAUUUAGUUCCGAGUCUACUCAACAACCAGACAAACAAAGCCCCGAGUCUGAACAGGGCUCACCAGUAAAAAUGAGAUAUAUACCAGGUAUCGGCAGUUCUCGUAAUCCUAUCUCAUCCAAAUGGCCGAAACCAAACUGGCCUCAGUUUUCUAAGCCAUCUACAAUACCUGACCACCCUUACCCGUGGAAGCCAACUACAGCUAAACCGAUAGCGCUACCUUCUAGACCAAGACCAUCCACUAUUUUCAAACCUAAGCCUUUCAAACACCAAACUACCCGAAAACCAGAUUACGAAGCUACUCCAAGGAAGAAAUCUCCGGUCGAAUCUGCUAAGAUAACAGGAUUAAAGGACUAUCAAUGCCAAGAGCCUAAUGGUUAUUAUGCUGUUCCAAAUCAAUGUGAUGCUUUCUUGGAAUGCGAGGCUAACAGAGCAAAACAAGUGAGCUGCCCAGAUGGACUUCACUUCAAUCCCAAAGCUGUCUGGCCAGAAUACCCGUGCGCUUACCCCUCUCAAGUCAGAUGUGCUGCACACUACGCAAAACAGGCACCAAAACCAUCAGCAGCGUGUCCAAGGCAAUACGGUUACUUCCCCUCUCCUUCCAAUGACUGUGGAGAAUACAUUAUGUGCCAAGAGGGUCAAGCUACAAAAAUGUCCUGUCCACCAGGUCUUGGAUUCAAUUUCGAAACUAGCUCGUGUGACUGGCCAGCGAAUGUGCCUUCCUGUAGUCCUGACGUAUUUAAAGGGUUCACGUGUCCAGCUCCCGAUCCAGAAGAGGAUGAAGAUAAAAUAUACACAUACAGAUAUGAAAAAAGCUGCAAAAAAUACAUUGCUUGCCAGAGGAGAAGUCCUCGUCUCCUUAGCUGUGAUGAAGGCCUUUCGUAUGACGACGUAACUCAAAACUGUGUUGAUGAAGAAUUGGUUACUGAUUGUUCUUAA